CAAUGCUCAUCGGCAGACCGACCAGACUUUGGCCUUGAAGAAGAGCAGCUAUGUUGAUAAUUAUGUAAAAACUUUUGUCUAAUUCUGAUGUAAUUUGCUGCUGCAAAGUGCAAAAAUGUAUUAUUUGAUAUGUGGUAUAGGCCUAGGUUGUAAUUUUGUAUAGUUCUAGUGUGUUGACUGCUGAGAUAAUUGAAAAAGAUUAUGAUUUCAAACUAUGCUCAAAUAAUGAGCUAAUGCUACUGGGGCCACUCGGCGUCACAGUAAUAAUAUCAAGGAAAAUGACCUUGACCUUUUAGUGCAUACUAUCAGAGACUAUAAUAUUGCUUCUCUAGAUCUCAGUAACAAUUUAAUCAAGUGUGAAAGCCUGAGAAUACUUGCUGAGUGUUUAGCUAAUACAGAAGUAAAAUCCAUUAAUUUAAGUUGUAUUAGUUUAGACACUGAUGUUAUGCACUGUCUUGCACAGGCCUUGAAAAAAUCACAAGUUUUAUCAGUUGAAUUUUGCCAUUCUUCUCUCAACAGUGAGAGCAUGAAAAUAUUGGCUACAUGUUUGGAGGAUACUAAAAUAACCUCUAUAAAUUUCAGUGGUAAUGACCUAAAUUAUGAUGCCAUCGCUUGUCUAGUUGCUGUUCUUCCAGGGACGGAGAUCACAUCAAUUGAUCUCAGUUAUACCACUUUGAAUAGCGUGUCAUUGUCUCUAUUAUCAUCAUGUUUGAAAGAUACAAAAAUUACCUCCAUCAAUUUAAGUAACAAUAACUUGGACUUUGAUGCUAUUGAAAGCCUAGCACUUGCUUUGCCAAAAGCACACAUAACUUCACUCAAUCUCAGUUAUACAUCUAUGCAUUGUGGAAGCUUGAUGAUAAUUGCAACAUGCUUGGCAGAAACACAAAUAGCCUCACUCAAUUUGAGUGGUAAUCUAUUCAGAUUUGAUGCAAUAAAUCAACUUGCGCAUGCAUUGCCAGGCACUGAAAUAACUUCAAUCAAUCUUAGUAGAACAAAUCUAGAUUUUGAAUGUUUGAAAGCAUUUUCAUCUUGCUUGAAGGAUACAAAAAUCACGUCUCUUUCUCUGAGAGGUAAUGCAUUUGGCAAUUCUGGUGUCAUAUUUCUAUCCAAUGCUCUUGAAAACACUAGCAUAACCUCUAUAGAUGUUGGUGAAAAUGAUCUAACUUGCACAGGUUUGAAAGUACUAGCAUCAUGUUUGAUCGGUAAAGAAAUAAGAUCUCUUGAUUUGAGUGAUAACAAAUUUGGAUAUGCAAGUAUAAAACAUCUUGCCUCCUGUCUGAAAGAAUGUGAAAUAGCAGAUUUGAAUCUCAGUAAUAGUUCUAUAGAAUGUAAUAGCCUGAAAAAUCUUGUACUAAGUUUGCCAGAUACAAAACUCAGAGCACUUGAUCUUAGUGGCAAUACUAUCUGCUGUAAUACGUUUUACUUAGCGGCUGUUCUCAAACAUACUCAAAUAACUAAACUUAAUCUAAGUAAUAAUAAAUUUGGUGAUCAUAGUCCAAUAAAUUUCCUUUUGCGUUUGAAGACCAUGAAUCAUUUUUCACUCAAUUUAAGCAGAGAGAAUAAUACCUGUUCAGUAAGUUUUUUCUACUUAGCAAGCAUUUUAAAGACAAGGGAUAUCAGGUUUCUGGAUCUCAGUAACACAGAUAUUGAUUAUGAUGAAUUGGAGUAUCUUUCCCGGGGACUAUGUGGCUCAUCGGUAGUUUCACUCAAUCUAAGUAAUAACAAGAUGAUUCACAAUAAUGCUCACUACUUGGCAAGGGUUUUAAAAUACACUAAAAUAUCGUCGUUAAACCUUACAAACACUGAUAUUGCUCGAGAUGAUUUCAGGUGUCUGGUUCAAGGCCUCCGGGGCUCGCCAGUUACAUCACUCAAUCUUUCUGACAAUCAGUUCUUAGAUGAUGAUUGCCUCAAAUAUCUGGCUAGGAAUCUUGAACGUACUAAAAUUAUUGAACUCGUCCUAUAUGGAAUGAAGAUUGAUCACAAAACAGCUGACAAUAUAUUGAUAAGCUUUGUACAAUGUGAAACAAAUGGUUGUGUAACAAUUGCUUUUGAUGAUUACGUCUUCCAUAGACGUGUGAACUUAUUUAGAUAUCCAGGUUGUGAGAUAGAAAUCAAUCAACCAUCGCUGCAUAAAGGAGUCGAUAAUUUGAUAUUAUUGAACAAGGGAUUUCAAAAGUCUGGAAUCACAAAACUAAUUAUUCACGACUGUAAUCAAUCGCCAGAAAUUCCACACUUGUUUGGAGCGUUUGAUAACAUCAACAUUAAAGAAAUAGAAUUGAAAAUGACCACGCUAGAUAAGUAUAUUGCCUCAAUGCUUCAAAAAACUAAAAUUGGCGAAUUGAAGGUGAAUAGUUUGGACUUGAGGAUUGCUGCUGAAACAAAACUAGAAUGCAUCUCAUUGAAAUUCGAAUGCAUGACCGGUCUGAAUGUAUUUGAUGCAAAGGCAGAGCCAGAACGCGAUGUGUCUGUUUGUCAUCGGCCUGUGUCCAAUAAUUGCACAGUUGAGGAUCAGAUGUGUCUAAAUAGAAGGCGAGCUGAAUCUCACCCAAAUCCACCACUGCAUUUCGAAAACGCAUUUUUCAGCGAAAUAAAGUCAUUCAUAAUAGCUUCAGGUAUUCUGUAUCUUGAUAUUAGAGAAAUUAAUAUGGGAUAUGAGGAAUUCAAACCUUUACCUGAAGCUUUGAAAUAUUCAAAAGUGAUAUCUUUGAAUUUGAGCAAUAACAAAAUAGGACCAAGAUGUAUUGAACUACUAGCUGAAGUCCUUCCUUCAACUGGAAUUGUUUAUAUUGACUUGGAAGGAAAUGAUAUUGGACUUACUGGAUUUGAAUCACUAAUGGGUGUGUUGAGAAAAACAAAUGUUUGUUGGCUUUCACUGGGUGGUAAUGGUAUUGAGAGAGUGCUGCCAAAUUAUAUACAACUGUCUCCAUUUAUUGUUCCCCGGAGUGAUAAUUUAAUUUCAUUUCAAAUAAGGUACUUAUUCAAUGAGUUGGUUUCCCUGAAUACUUCUAACAAUAGUUUUGAAUUCACUGUCCCUAAAAACCAUUCAAAUCCUCCUGUCAGUUCAAAACAUUAUUGCAUUCUGAUUAAGCAUUUACUGGAAACUCCAAGCUACAACAUUCAUAUUUAUGAUAUGAUUUAUAUGAAAAGUAAGGUACACAAUUUUAAUGUAAUGAAAAUAAUUGACAGUUUCAUAACAGAUAUCGAGAAUAGGUUUAUAAAUUUUAUUUUAGAACAUAUUGAACAUUUGAAACAGUUCUUUGGUGAUGAUAGUAAUUUAGAAAUUUUAAAAACAUUCGAAUAUCUAAUGCUUGAAAAUAUGGUUGGCAAGUUACUUUUGCAUAAGUCCUUGUUUUAUGUCAAUGACGAAGAAUAUAUUUUGCAUCCAUUUGUUUAUAAAAUGCUGCAUAAAUACGGUAUGUCACUUCUUAUUGAACCAGAUAAGAGAGAAAAAAUUAUAAGUUUCUUCGUUAAUAAUCCAGAAAUUGAUGGAGCUUACGAACUUGUGGAUUUGCUUAACUCAGACACAUUUGUAAGUCAUGGAGAUACAUCAGGUUGUAUAUAGCCUAACUACGAGCGAUUUGAGGCUGUAACAUAGUAAAAUCAAAUCCCGUAAAAUAUUUAGUUUGGAAUUCACUCAUGUUUAGUCAUUUAUAACCAUAAGAAUGAUUCUUUCUAUCCAAAGAAUCCUUCAUGGUAAUUUUCCGCAUUCUGAUUUGACAUUGGCAAACUGAUAGAAAUAUAAUAAUACAAGAAGCAUUGUUAGCAGGUGUGUCUGGAAAUCUAUAUGAGAUAGAGCGCUCUACCUGGUCUCAGGAUGUAUGAUUUUCAAUUAUACAUUUGAAUAUUGUGACAAUCGGAAGUUAUUGUUGAUUAAAAAUUGAAAUUCAUCAAAAUGAAUUUUUUCUUGAAAUUUUACUCAUUUUUGAAAAAUUUUAACUCAGUGCUCAUUGGAGAUAGAGAGCUCCAAAUCAUUUCAUCUUAUUCAGAAUUUUAUAAUCUAAAAAUAAAGCCUGAACAAAUUUUCUGUCAGAUGACUGGAUUUGGCGGAAAUAGCUGACACUAGAAAAUGAACCGAAAAUACGAGGUUUUUGCGCUACUCUAUAUUUAGCCCAAGGAAAUUUUGCACAUUGAAGAAUCAGAAUAAGAACUACUAUAUAUAAAUAUAAAUAUAUUGGAAGCACACUCCCUUUUUCAUGUCCAAUUGACUGUACUCAACUGUCACAUACAUUACGCGUCCCGUAGA